UUGCUCGUCGCAAGUUUCACUUGGAGUUGGGGCUUGUAGUUCUCCCAGAUCGUGUCUAUCUGUCCGUAGGGCGGUGGCUGCUUACCAUCCCGAGGAUAUUAGGAAAUAUCUUACAGUUUUUGGCAAAGCGGACACACCUCUGGUCCUUGGGCCGACUGGCUUCUUUGUCUCAUCUCUUCGACGAGUCUAUUCUACACAGGUCACAAACAUGUCAGACAAAAGUGAAUUAAAGGCAGAGUUGGAACGGAAGAAGCAGCGGUUGGCCCAAAUCAGAGAGGAAAAGAAGAGAAAAGAAGAAGAAAGGAAAAAAAAGGAAACUGAUCAGAAGAAAGAAGCAGUUGCUCCUGUACAAGAAGAAUCAGAUCUCGAAAAAAAAAGAAGAGAAGCUGAAGCACUGCUUCAAAGCAUGGGGCUAACUCCAGAAUCCCCCAUUGUCCCUCCUCCUAUGUCUCCAUCCUCCAAAUCUGUGAGCACACCAAGUGAAGCUGGGAGCCAAGACUCUGGAGAUGGCGCAGUGGGAUCUAGGACGCUGCAUUGGGAUACAGAUCCAUCAGUUCUUCAGCUUCACUCAGAUUCCGAUUUGGGACGAGGACCUAUUAAACUUGGAAUGGCUAAAAUUACACAAGUUGACUUUCCUCCUCGAGAAAUCGUGACAUAUACAAAGGAAACUCAGACUCCAGUUAUGGCUCAACCCAAAGAAGAUGAAGAAGAAGAAGAUGAUGUGGUGACUACUAAACCACCUAUUGAACCUGAAGAAGAGAAGACUUUAAAGAAAGAUGAGGAAAAUGACAGUAAAGCUCCCCCUCAUGAGCUGACUGAAGAAGAAAAGCAACAAAUCUUGCACUCUGAAGAAUUUUUAAGUUUCUUUGACCAUUCUACACGAAUUGUAGAAAGGGCUCUUUCUGAGCAGAUAAACAUCUUCUUUGACUACAGUGGGAGAGAUUUGGAAGACAAAGAAGGAGAGAUUCAAGCAGGUGCUAAACUGUCAUUAAAUCGACAAUUUUUUGAUGAACGUUGGUCAAAGCAUCGGGUUGUUAGUUGUUUGGAUUGGUCAUCUCAGUAUCCAGAGUUACUCGUGGCUUCAUAUAAUAACAAUGAAGAUGCUCCUCAUGAGCCUGAUGGUGUGGCCCUUGUAUGGAAUAUGAAAUAUAAAAAAACUACCCCGGAGUAUGUGUUUCACUGCCAGUCAGCUGUGAUGUCUGCUACAUUUGCAAAAUUUCAUCCAAAUUUGGUUGUCGGUGGUACAUACUCAGGCCAAAUUGUGCUGUGGGAUAACCGUAGCAAUAAAAGAACUCCAGUGCAAAGAACUCCACUGUCAGCUGCUGCACACACACAUCCUGUAUAUUGUGUAAAUGUUGUUGGAACGCAAAAUGCUCAUAAUCUGAUUAGCAUCUCUACUGAUGGAAAAAUUUGUUCAUGGAGUCUGGACAUGCUUUCCCAUCCACAGGAUAGCAUGGAAUUGGUUCAUAAACAGUCAAAGGCAGUAGCUGUGACAUCUAUGUCCUUCCCUGUUGGAGAUGUCAACAACUUUGUUGUUGGGAGUGAAGAAGGUUCUGUGUACACAGCAUGUCGCCAUGGCAGCAAAGCUGGAAUCAGUGAGAUGUUUGAGGGACACCAAGGACCAAUCACUGGCAUCCAUUGUCAUGCAGCCGUUGGAGCAGUAGACUUCUCACAUCUUUUUGUCACUUCAUCAUUUGACUGGACAGUAAAACUUUGGACAACUAAGAAUAACAAGCCUUUAUACUCAUUUGAAGAUAAUUCAGACUACGUUUAUGAUGUUAUGUGGUCACCCACCCACCCAGCCCUCUUUGCCUGUGUGGAUGGCAUGGGGAGGCUAGAUUUGUGGAAUCUCAAUAACGACACGGAGGUGCCAACUGCCAGCAUUUCCGUGGAGGGUAAUCCUGCUCUUAAUCGUGUAAGAUGGACCCAUUCUGGAAGAGAGAUUGCCGUGGGUGAUUCUGAAGGACAGAUUGUUAUAUAUGAUGUGGGAGAGCAAAUUGCUGUCCCCCGAAAUGAUGAAUGGGCACGGUUCGGCCGAACACUUGCAGAAAUUAAUGCAAAUCGAGCUGAUGCAGAGGAGGAGGCUGCUACCCGAAUACCUGCGUAGCUCCUGAAAAUGGGAUAUGUAGCCUUAGUGGAUUUGGGGAAGACUUUAAGUAGAUCCUGAGACUAUUUGCAUGCUUCUGUCUAAAUGAUAAUUAAAAGGAACUUUGGUGGAUUAAACCAUGGAUUUAAUGCAGCAAGCAAUUCUUACAAUGUCCCUUUUUAUAUAACAUGCAUCCUGUUUUGGAUUUAUGUCAUUUUUAAUACAGCUUAUCGACUUUACUGAAUGCAGCCUCUUUUGAAUUCUUAUACACAGGUGUAUAUUUGGUAUUAGUUAUUAUUUUGAAUUAUUUUCAACUUAUAACACUAUAUACAGUUAUUUCUAAAGCACAAAUUAAAUAACUUCUGCAUAUUUUUAAGUAAUCAUAAUUCCCUGUUAUACUGAUAAAGUUCUAACUUAAUAUGUGGGAACAUUGUUCAUUCUUAGCCAUAGCAUGCAUACAUCUAUCCAAGUUAUGUUCUAAUAUCUUUUUUCUUCUUUAUAAUUCAUGUGAUAGCUGUAUAUAAAUAAAAACAAAUAUGAUUUAACUUU